AUGGCAGACACCGACCAGGCAAUUGCCGAGGUGCACCGCAAGAUCGAGCGAGAAAAAGCUCUUAUCAAUGCCGCCACGCACAUGCGACAGUCGACCAGCAACGCCACCGUACAGGCCCGUGUCGACAGCAACAUCCGCGAUGGGCGAAGGAACAUUAGCUACUUGGAAGACAAACUGCAAGAGUUGCAGCUACGAAAGCGAGGCGGUCCGACGGAGGACGGCGCCCCCGCGCCACCCGCCCACGGCGGACCGGGCUACCAGACAUCUGAUGGUCGCGGUCACCGACCUUAUCCUGCCGGGGGUGGCCCUACUCCGCCGCCCAAGGACCAGCGAGGGUAUUUCACCGGCGAGAGAGCGGACUAUGGAGACCCAGGUCCAGGCGGGUACAGCCAGGGCGGCACCGGCAUGAUGCCACCACGAGCUCCCUACGGCGACCCUAGACCCUACGAUACUCCCAUUCCAAAACCGCGCCCGAACUUCUCAAAACUAGAUCUGAUCAAAUAUGACACCCCAUAUCUCGGGCCUAAAAUCCAGCUCAUGCUGUCCCAACUCGAAUUCAAACUGUCUGUCGAAAAGCAGUACAAAGCAGGCAUCGAGAAAAUGGUGCGCCUUUACCAAGACGAGGGCGACAGGAAAAGCAGAUUGGAUGCAGAAGGACGUCGCAUCGAGAGCAAUCAAAAAGUCCAAUUACUGAAACAGGCGUUGAAGAGAUAUAUGGACCUGCACGUCGACAUCGAAUCCGCAGACGGGGCGGACGAUGACAGCCUCAACGCUCCUAACAUGCGGAAACCAUUAACGGGACACUUGGAAAUGCGCAUCCAUGCCAUCAAGGACGUGGACCAUGCGGCCUCGUCUCGUUUUUCAAGAGGUCCCGAAACGUUCGUCAUCAUGAAGGUGGAGGACAAUAUCCGAGCCAAAACUCGGGCCACCCGGACCGACAAAUGGACCGAAGAAAUCCAUCAUGUGGACAUCGACAAAGCGAACGAGAUUGAACUGACCGUAUAUGACAAAGCUGGCGACCGGCCCACCCCGAUCGGCUUUCUCUGGAUCCGCAUUUCAGACAUCGCGGAAGAGAUGCGUCGAAAAAAGAUCGAAUCCGAGUUCAACCAGAAUGGAUGGGUGCCGGCUGAUAAGAUGGCCAACGGGGGAAGCCCAGGGAAACCAGGGCCCGACUUUCAACAACCUGCCCCUUUUAUGCCUCCUGGGGACGCGGCGGGGGCGGGGCCUGCGGCCGGGUUCCCUCAACACGCCCAACCUCUCAUGAUUGAUUCUUGGUUCUCCCUAGAGCCGGCGGGCAGAAUCCACCUCACGAUGAGCUUCCAGAAACAGACAGGCGCCCGGCGUCCGUUCGACAUUGGGCUCAACCGCCAGGGUGCGGUGCGGCAGAAGAAGGAAGAAGUGCACGAGAAGCAAGGGCACAAGUUCGUCAAGCAGCAAUUCUACAACGUCAUGCGCUGUGCGCUGUGUGGAGAUUUCCUCAAAUAUUCCGCCGGCAUGCAGUGUGCCGACUGCAAAUACACGUGUCACACCAAGUGCUAUCCCAAAGUCGUCACCAAAUGCAUUAGUAAGGCGAACUACGAGACGGACCCGGAUGAGGAGAAGAUCAACCACCGGAUCCCACAUCGUUUCGACAACUUUUCAAACAUCGGCGCCAAUUGGUGUUGCCAUUGCGGUUCUUUGUUGCCCUUAGGAAGGCGCAAUGCGAAGAAAUGUACCGAGUGUGGUCUCACCUGCCACGCGCAGUGUCAGCACUUGGUUCCCGACUUCUGCGGCAUGUCCAUGAUCGUGGCCAACGAGAUCCUCGAGACCAUUCAACGCACGAAGCACCAUAACAAGUCCGCUUCUGUUAGCUCCGGGAUGAGUGGACGAACCCUGAGGCCGAACUCGGCCAGGCUCGGCCCCACGUCGCCUACCCAGAGCUACAGCUCAGAGCCGAAUAUGCUGACACCGCAGAUAUCCAACCAGUCCUACGACCAUCAUCCCGAGCCUCCGAAGCCAUCUGCCGCCGCGAAGAGUGCGGCGCAGAAUUUGAUGUACAAUCAGCCUCCGCUGUCCCAGUCUCAACAGCAGCAGAGACCGGUUCCUCAUCGACCUGUCUCGGCGACAGCCAUCAAAGCCGCCGCCGCGGCCGCCAAUCGACCCCCAUCCCAGCAGCAGUACAAUGCGCCCUUCACAGAUUACAGUCCGCAGAAAGCGGCCGCCGAUCGAUAUGCCAACGCACGACCGCCCGCGCCAGAAGCGCAGCCGCCUCAUGCCUCGUAUGAUCCUCGCGCGUAUCAGCAGUACGAUCGAGCGCCAAUGCAACCACAAGCACCACACCACGCAACACAGCAGGCACUGGUUCCUCAGCAAAGACCUCAGCAGGUCCAGCCCAGUUACACCCCGGCCCCUGCCAAGCCGGUGCCGUCGCAACCACAACAGGUGGCGGCCCCGCCAUCUGGACGGGGGACAGGACCUCGAAUCGGUCUCGACCACUUCAACUUCCUGGCUGUCUUGGGAAAGGGCAACUUUGGAAAGGUCAUGCUCGCCGAGGCCAAGAGCUCCAAGAAAUUAUACGCCAUCAAGGUAUUGAAGAAAGAGUUCAUCAUUGAAAAUGACGAAGUCGAAUCUACCAAGUCCGAGAAACGGGUCUUCCUGAUCGCCAACAAGGAGAGGCAUCCCUUCCUCCUCAGUCUGCACGCGUGUUUCCAGACAGAGACUAGAGUUUAUUUUGUCAUGGAAUACAUUUCCGGCGGAGAUCUGAUGUUACACAUUCAGCGUGGACAGUUUGGCCUUAAGCGAGCUCAAUUCUAUGCCGCCGAGGUCUGCCUGGCUCUCAAAUACUUUCACGAGAACGGCGUCAUCUACCGGGACUUGAAGCUGGACAACAUCCUACUGACGUUGGACGGCCAUAUCAAGAUUGGUGACUACGGGUUGUGCAAGGAGGAUAUGUGGUAUGGAUCCACGACAUCCACCUUUUGUGGUACCCCCGAGUUCAUGGCCCCUGAGAUCCUCUUGGAUAAGAAGUACGGUCGCGCCGUGGACUGGUGGGCUUUCGGAGUCCUCAUCUACCAGAUGCUCCUUCAACAAUCUCCAUUCCGCGGCGAGGACGAAGACGAGAUCUAUGAUGCAAUUCUCGCCGACGAACCACUGUAUCCGAUCCACAUGCCCCGUGACAGCGUAUCCAUUCUGCAGAAGCUGUUGACAAGAGAACCGGAACUGCGCCUAGGCAGCGGGCCCGGUGAUGCGCAGGAAGUCAUGAGUCACGCUUUCUUCAAAGGAAUCAAUUGGGAUGACAUUUACAACAAGCGGGUGCCCACGCCCUUCAAGCCCACCAUCAAGAACGAGAAGGACACCAGCAACUUUGACCAGGAGUUCACCACCGUAACGCCGGUGCUGACGCCGGUGCAGAGUGUGCUUUCACCGGCUCAUCAGGAGGAAUUUAGAGGCUUCUCAUAUUCGGCCGAUUUCAUCUAG